AGCCCUUCCUGAACCAGGGCCGGCAAGAUGGCAGCCGACACGCAGGUUUGUGUGACUAUUUUUUCAGAGUGGAGUUCUCGCUUAUGUUGAAGACCACGACUGGGACACAAAUCGGACUCGUAGUACCGCUUUAUAAACAUCUUGGUGUGUUUUUAUUAUAAACGGGGAAUUCUUGUGGAGUAUUUAUCGAAGCUUUGGAGGAGGCGGAUCUCGGAGUGCUGCGGAGCCUCCGUGUCAAUCGGUCUCCGGGUCUCAUGAGAUCCACCGUGGACCGGCACAGGGGGCAGGGUUUUAGCCAUGUUUGUGUCAGAGCUGCAUUUUUAUUUAGAUAUCACCUCGUUUACUGACAGCUAAUCCGAGGUUGAAACUUGCUGUUGUUAUAGAGAGAGGUUUGGACUUUAGCUGUCGGAUCAGUAUCAGGACAGACCAGAUAAGACUAGGUUUAAGGAGGCCAGGACCUGCACGGUUAGUCUAGUAAAUAUUAAUUAUUAGGGCUGGGACGAUAUGCUUUUCUCCCGAUUCGAUUCUUCUACGAUUUUUUUGGAUGCCGAUCCGAUUUAAAUUGCGAUUCUACCGUAUUGCCGUUUUUCUCGAUUUUUAGUCUGCAUCUGUAACACCAAUGAAACAGUUGAAUGAUUAUGAUUGUCUACUGACUAUUCAAGGAACCUUAUUUCCCAAAAAUUGAACAUCAAAUGUAAGUCAGUUUUUAAGAUUUAUUCUUACAUUUGGAAAAAAAAAAUCAAUUUUUGAAAGAAAAGAUCAAUUGAAAAAUUGUAAAACAAAAAUUUGCUAUACUUGGAUGAAUCGAUUUUGUACUCCCACCCCUAUAAUUUAUAUAAAAUGUCUUGGCAAUAGUGAGUACAUUACACACAGAGCGAAAAAAAACAGUAAUUUUUUCUUAAAAUCUAAUUAAAAUCAACUCAAAUGAUUUUAAUUUUUUAAUUCAAUUCACAAUAUUUCACAUUUCCUCAAAAAUAUGUAAAAGUCCUGUUAAGAUUGUAGUGGAUUUUAUUCGUCUGUUAAUUUGACAGGGACUGUACGUGUAGGCCUUUAUACAUCUAAUUAAAAAGCAACAGUUGAUGGAGUUUAUGAAGGACUUCCAGCCAUUACCAAUUUGCAGUCCCUGUCCCUGGUUACACUGUUAGAAACAAGGCACCUAAUACAUAAAUUAACAUUAUAUCAGACACAGAAAAGCAGUCAGAUAUGUGCAUAAAUACCAACAGAAAAGUAGCUCUUAUGUGCUUGGAUGAAUGUGCUCUAGCUUCAACUUUAUGAAUGCUCACAAAAAACCUGAAUUUGCUCACCUCAUAUUCUUUCAGUUGACACACACACAUACUGUACCUUGCUAGACGCACAGUGUUGUGUCCUACCUUACCUCUUUACCUCCAAUGUAACCCUAUUGAUAGAUUAUCAAAAAGUGAUCGACAUGAACGGGGCUUGCUCAUGAUGUCGUGUUCUGCCAUGAACCAAAACUAAGAGAGUGCAGACUGACAUCAUUAUAACCAAAUGCACAUCAUUUUUAAAACAGGAGAAUAAAAUUUAUAUAUAAAAUAAGAUAUAACUCCUCAUUUAAUGCAUUAAGACGAGAGAAAAUAUAUUGCCCUCAGUCCUGGUUGUACUUCAAGACUUUGUUUUUCUAUGCUCGUUUAAUCAUGACUCUCUUGUUCUAAUUGACUGUACAUGGACUGACAAAAACUUUAAUUUUUGUUGUUUUCCAUACUUAAGACAAAAAGUCUGGAUCAAUUUUCUUACUAAGUUUCAAUGUUACUUCAGGUUUCAGACACGUUGAAGAAAUUUGCUUUAAACGUGACCACCGCAAGUGUGAAAGAGCGGAAAGAGAUAUUCAGAGAGCUGAAACAAUGUAUUCAAGACAAAGGUAAGUUUGUUUUACUUACUAGUCUUCUAUUAUUCUGUGAUUAUUAUUCUUUUUAUUUGUAAAAGAAGUGUUAACGAGCACUAAAGCUUUUCCAAAAACAUCUUUCAGAGUUACCAGAGCCUGCCAUCAAAGGACUAUGCAAGCUCUUCUGUCUCACUCCGCACAGAUACCGGUGGGUGACAAUUAAGACUUCCUUUACCAUGAACACAUAAAAAGAUCCAAGACCAUCGAAUCACUUCAAAAAGUCCUUUUUUGUAAAGGUUUGGGCUUCGGUUAAAAAAAUAGGUUUUUACUGCGCUGUACUUUGUGCAGCUUUUCCUGUUAUCAUUUUACUCAAAGGGGUUGUUGUUAAUCAGCAUCCCUUCAUUGGUGCAAAAUUAGUGAUUAAUUAAUAGUGAGACAUCUGAUUGUGUAUGAUCAAUAAUGUGUGUGUUUAUUCCAGGGAUGCUGCAUCACGCAGAGAGCUCCUCUCUGUCAUUGCCCUGCUGGCUGAGAAACAGCCCAACGUCCUGGUCAACAGCCUCCUUCACUGCCUACUGAACAGUGGAGUUAUCAGCAAAAGUGGAGAGCCCAGGUACCAGGAUGGUUAAGUCCGUCAUUCAGCUAGAAAACAGUCAUUUGUUAUACCAUCAAUACUCAUAAAUUAAUUUUAAAUGUAAAAAAAAAAACAAUCUGUUGCUGUGUCUUAAACAAGAUGUGUCUUUUUUGUUGCUCAUUUUCUGUUUUAGUAAAAGUUAUGGCUCAGCUGCCUUCAUCUGCCUGUCUUGGACCUGCCUUUUGGUCCCCAGUUAUUUUUCCGCUCAAGAGAAAAGAGAAGGAUCCAUCUGGAAGAAAAUGGUCAGUAUAAGCCUGUGUGUCUGAUUGAUGUAAACAGAAAUAUGUUUGUAUGAAUAUUACUCAAACGUGUGGUAAAAACAGUUUAAAUUGAUCAUGAAGGUAAAUGGAGUGAAGAGUCUGUCACACAGAGGUUUACCGGAUUAGAUGGUGAAAGCAGUUCUUUGUGUGUCGUCCUCUUUGUUGCAGGUGGAGGUUCAGAGCCUUCUUGUGGCUGAAGUGGUGGGUGGAGCCAAAUCAACAGCCCAAAAAUCAAGUCUCAAAAAUCUCAGCCACCUCUGGGAGCAAGUAAGUUCAGUUCACCGUGUGAAACAUGUUGGCAGUAAAAGACAAACGUCAGCCUCAUUGUGAAGGAUGAAACUAACAUCCUAUUUAAGAUGGGACAUAAAACUCUGACUUUCUCCAUCCAACAGCAAAAACAUCGGUAUCCAAAAACAACUUUAGCACUAGCAUGUUGUUGUCUUUCACAGAACUCUGGAUUGGUUGACGAAUACAUCAGCACACUGUUGAGUUUGGACCAGAACCCCACGACUCCUGCCAUGCUGGGGGCGUGUGUGGACUUCUGUACCAGCCAGAAAGACAAAGCGACGAUAGAAAAGCACAAGGUGAUCUUUGAGAGCGAUUUUCACCAAUUCUGUUUCUGUUUUCUGAGUUUCUCGAUUCAGCUUUGUGUGGUUGAAUUCAUUAACAGUCAAUACAUACAGUCCUAAUUCCAAAAGAUUGGGACACUGUGUAGUUUGUUGUUGAAUGAAAAGAUGUCCAUUUUAUUAUCAAUUAUACACAUUUUAAAGGUUUUCAAAACAUCAAUUUCUGUUUUUUUUUUAUCAAUAAUUCACACAGUGCCCCAAAUAUUUGGGAAUUUAGGGUUGUACUUUCUCUUGGAUAUUUUUAAGAUCAUGUCAUCUAAGGUACAGAAAUUUAUCUUGUAUUUACUGUUUCCCAGAGUGCCAUGCUGGAUCUAUACCUGAAAUCAGUCCUUAUGAGUAAGACAAAACCCCGACAGCAUAUUUUGGACAAAAGCGGCUCUGUUCUGCGUCAUGUAUCCCACCCUGAGUUCAAGGAGCUUCUUCUCCCAGCGCUGCAGAAGACGAUGCUUCGCAGUCCGGAGAACGCCAUGCAGAGUGAGAUGUUGUCAGCGUCUGAUGUUUAAUAUCUUGCUCUGCUAUCACACAGUGAAUUAAAUCGUUGUCUGCUGUUUUGCAGCCAUUUCCUGUCUUCUAUCUGCUGUAACUCUGGACCUCAGUCAGUACGCCAUGGAUAUCGGAAAAGCCAUCACAAGUAAGGCCUCGAGGAUUUUCCAGUCAAUUUGAUUUUGAGUGCAUUUUUUCAGUUUAAUAAGAACGGGAGGACUGGAAAGUUUGGUGCAUGUAACUCUGGUUUGUUUCUUUUUAGGCCAGCUGAAAGCUAAUAACGCCCAACUGAUGGAGGAGGCGGUCCAGGCCAUGCAGCACCUGGCCCAACAGUGCAGUGACCCUUCCUCCAUACAGGACAUCGUCACACAUCUCUUCAAGAUACUUGGAGGUUGGCUGAACAUGAACUCUUUAGAUUAAAACACUGACGUAUCUGUUUGUGAGUCUGUGAACCUGUUUCAUGGUUUCUGUCUUUACAGGGUCUGAGGGGAAGCUCACAGUUGUUGCCCAGAAGAUGAGUGUGUUGUCGGGUAAGAGGCUUUGGAAAAAUGUUAUCCUUCUUCACGAGAUCGAACUACAAAUGAAUAAAUGAACAAAAAUCUGGUUGUUAUAGGGAUUGCAAGCUGCAGCCACCACGCUGUUUCAGGAACCUCCAGCCAGACUCUCAGCUCUGCAGUCACUGUCAUGUUCAUCCCUUAUUUACAACAAGAAGGUAUCGUUUUUUUCUCCCUCCUCCGCCUACUCCAAAGAUGAUCAAAUCUUAAGAGCACGUAACAUUUACCGUCUUCAGUGUGAAGUUUUUCUCAAGAAAGAUUUGCUGCUUCUUGUUUAGUUCACGAGGGCACCCUGGUGCACGCCGUGUCCGUGCUCGCCCAGUGGAGCACACGCCUCACAGUGGAAGUCCCAACUGCUCUCAUGGACUGGUUUAAGAAGGCUUUCACCCUCAAGACCUCCACCUCUCUGGUUCGACACGCCUACCUUCAGGCAAUGCUGGGGGCCUAUAGAGGUGAGGAGACCGAGAGCUUUUGUACAUUUGAUGUGAAAUCCACUCAUCCUUCAAGUUAAUGGACCACACUUUCUGCUCCUUCAAUCACACAAACACCAAAGAUGAUACAUCAGUUGAGUUUUUCUGCCUCAUGACCUGCUCCCCCCUUUUUUAAUAGGUGACACUCUGGCUCAGGCUUCAGACUUCAUUCCUUUGCUCCUCCAAACAGUGGAGAAGGCAGUAGCACAAAGCUCCCAGCAUCCUCUGCUCGCAGAAGGCGUGUCAGCUUCUGUGCUUUUGAGUCGACUGGCGCUCCUGGAGUCACAGACAGGUGAUGCUGGCGUCUAAACAUUUCCACGACCCCUUGAAAAACCUCUUAAAAAAACAUUAGCAGUGACAACAAGCGUCGUUUGUUUUUUUUUUUUUCUGCAGAGGCAAAGUUUUCCAACUUUUGGAGCAUGAUCUUAGAUGAGAAGAAACCUCUUUUCACCUCAGAAAAGUUCCUCUCCCAGGCCAACGAGGAAAGUGAGUCACUUAUUCUGAUUGCUUUAAAAGCUUUCAAUGGUUUUAAAGUUAAAAAUAAAGAAUUAACACUUAUUUUUUUCUCGUUUCUCACCCUGUUUUCAGCUCUGCUCACGGUGCUGCUCCUCUGUGAAAGACUCUUCCUGGACCAUGCUCACAGGCUGAACACCAGCAAAUCUCAGUAAAUCACUGCUUUUAAUUAAGUAGAGAACGAGUUAUUGUUUCGUGUAUUUCCCAGCAUACUUUUGUGUAUAUUUUGGCUAAAAGUUCUUGAUUGAUAGUUCUGUACACUUGCACUGUUUUCUGCUGUAAAUAUCUGUGCAUGCAUGAUUGAUCUAAAGACAUGCACUCACUUUUACUUGCUCUCUUUUUCCCUUUCGUGCUCAUGGCUGCUCUGCAGGAUGUAUCAUCGUGCCAUCAUCGGGGUUCUGCUAUCCAGAAGCUGGCGCGUGAGGAAGCGGGCAAAACAAACAGUCAGGAAGCUGCUCUCCUCUCUCGGUAGCUCAAGUCUUGCCCACGGCCUUCUGGCAGAACUGCGUGCGGUCAUCAAUAAACACGAGGUAGAGUCUGAGAACACCGUCUGAACACUUGGAGCUAAUUUGGUCUUUUGCAGCUUUGAAUUUCAGUCUGUUGUUACUGUCCUAUAAUUAAUCUUUUUGGAAGUGCCCUCCCAGUUCUCUUCUCUUAUUCAUGUCAUCUCAUCCUGAAUGUCACUGACUGUCUGCUCCCCACUUCAGAUAUUACCUCAAGACGUCCUGUUCUCAGACUCAGGAGAGCUCACUGAGCUGGGCCGCAGCUACGUUCCUCCCCGCGUCCUGCUCGAUGCUCUGUGCGUCGUCUGCUCCUCUGCCAGCCAAUGGGGCGAUCCCGCUGAAGUCGAGACUUUGGCCAUGGCGAUCCUGAUAGUGACCCAUCAUCCAUCUAUUGGUAAGUGAAUGAGACGCUCUGAUGAAUCAAUUUGCGACCCGCUUGUUAGCUACAGCCAUUGAUGAGGUUUUAUUGAUACCAAUUAGGGAUGUCCCGAUACGAUAUUGAUACCAGAUAUCGGCCUGAUAUCAGCCAAAAAACAAAUAUCGGAUUAUAUCGGCCUGUAUCUAAAAUGUCCAAUACGAGCAGUCCAUUCCAGACUCCGCUCCAGCUCUUCUAUCUAGCAGCUCAGAUCCAGCAUGAAGAGCCCACAAAAUCACAACAUCAGUGUGUACUGAGGUACUAACAAAGUACGAAAGAGUAGGAGUGAUGUCGGCCUUGUGGCAGUAUUUUUUGUUUAAGUCUGAAAAAGACUUUACAGCUGAGUGAAAAACUUGUCAUGCACAAGUUUGUAGUCAAUAUCAGUAUCGUAUCGGAAAUUAAAAAGCUGUAUCAGGACACCCCUGGUACCAAUGCUAUUAUAGAUUCUGCUUAUGGAUCCAAUUCUUAAUAGACUCCCUCCUCAAUUCCAGAAGUUUUUGUAUAUGGAAAAAAAGAAGUCCUCAAAUGUUUAUUUUUGUGUGUCAAUAACACAAAUUUAUCACCUUCACUGCUCAGCUGAUCACUGACACAGCCUCUGAUUGGUCGACAGACUAAAGCAAAGAUGGCAGCUCUCCUUAGCAGAGUCAGAAAACAACAGAAUAAAAGUUUUUUACAUGAAUUUAUACAGAUCACUGUAAAAAAAACUCCAGUUCCAGUGAAGUUGAGUCAAACAUGAAUAAAAACAGAAUUCAAUGAUACAAAUCCACCUUUAUUCAACUGGAUACAACUUUUUGUCUUUCAGUUGAAGCUCGCCGUGGACUCUGGCCUUUUCUGCUCCACUCCAUGAACAUCAAGGCUGACGAGUAUAUAGAGAAGAACCUCGAGGCUAUUCUGCCUCUUCUGCUGGAGGUCAACGCUGACAACGAGGUGUGCAACAUACACACAUCUCAUAAAUCAGUACAUGAUGAUGAUGAUGAAUACUGCACUAAAAAUCCUGACUCUUUGUCUGGUUAAUAAAUGGACCAAUUAAAAAUGUACUUAAGGGGCACUAAUUGGUAAGUUCUUCUUUCCAGGCGGUGAAAAAUGCCGUCGGUGCCCUCUCCGGCCUCUCUCCCAACAAGCUGCUGCCUCGGGUGAUCAGUCACGUCACUGAGGGGCUUUCAAGACCUGCUCUACUCCAGGUCACUCGGGAGGACUAUUCUAUCAUGCUCACACCUGAGGGAGAACUGCACGACAAGAGCAUCAUCCAAAGGUAACACACACAGGCUUUGGUGUCUCUUUGGGUUUCGUACAUUUAAAAGAAUCCACUGGACUAAGCUGCUUUUAUUUUUUUCCUGAAGUGCCCACAAGGAAAGCUCCAAGAAAGCCAACAUGAAAAGAGAAAACAAGGCCUACUCUUACAAGGAGCAGAUCAUUGAACUGGAGUUACAAGAGGUAGAGUACUUUUACUACGAUUGUGGGUUUUUCAGAGGUGUUCGAGGAACUCAUUUUGAUAUUUCUUCCAUGGCAGGAGAUAAAGAAGAAAAAAGGCAUCAAAGAGGAAGUGCAGCUGACCAGCAAACAGAAAGAAAUGAUGCAAAAUCAGCUGGAGAAAGAGGAUGCCAUUCGGAAGAAACUUAAAGGGGUGAGACGCUAAUUUUAGAGCAAUCUGAGGCAAGGGUUUAUUUAUGACUUCACACUGAGCUGACUCAUCCUCCUCACUUUCACCAGCUGGAUGUGGAGCUGCAGAGUUUGGUGGGUUUGCUAGAAGCCACCCUGAUAGAGAGACCUCCUCAGAUCACUCAAGAACUGCCAGCUGUCCUCCAGGUCCUCAUACCUCUGCUGAACUCCCCUCUGGCUGCUCCACGCAUCCAGCAGGUCUUCUUGGACAUCGGAGUGUGCCUCAUGCCAAAACAUCUUCAUCAUUUAGGUACACGGUUCGUCUGUGUAAUGUAUUUUAUCGAUUAGCGCAGCCACAGGAUCUCAUACAAAUGUUACCGCCUCCCUUUUUAGGUGUGCUUGUGGGACAUGUGACAUUACGACUGCUGAAGCCAGAGUGUGACCUGGACGAGGCCUGGGAACACGAGGAUCUGGACACAGCUGCUCAGCGCACGAUUCUCCUGCUGCACGGCCAUACUGUCCCACAGAGAGAUGCCAAAACUGGAGGUGAGCAACAGUUAUUGACAACUUGUUCAAGUUAAAGGGUAAUACAAAACGAGCAGAAUGAGGAUUUUAACAAUAUUUAAACUUUCAGUGUCUGUCAACAUGAUUUUGAAUGAGCCACAGGACACACUGAAAGCAAAUCAAAGUCUUCAUCUAAACUGAUAAUAGAUUAUUAACUGUGACUUUUUUUUGUGUUGCUUCUCCUCAGAUUGCGCUCCACUGUCUGCCCCCGCCUUCUCGUUUUGCUUUCCCCUCCUCAACGCCACGCUGAGGGAGUCUUCAGGCAGCACCGAAGAGACCGAGAACUUGAUGGCCAAAGCCUUACAAAUCGUCACUGAACACUCUCAGCUCCGGGCCGCCUUAGACACCGAUGUUCUACUCAUAGACGAGGUAGUUACACACAGCUCUAAGUCGUUUCUUUUAGUGUGAGACCUGAGCGAAAAGAUGCAAAGAGAGUUUAUGAAGAUAUUAUGUGAAAAGAAAAGGCAUCAGUAGAGACAUCUUAAAAUGACUGAUGAGAAAGAUUGUGAUAUUCCCUGUGAGUUUCAGCAAUAAUAUCUCACCUGUUAUAACCAGUAUAAGUCCCAAAAGAGGAUUGGGGCCACAGGAAGAGAAAAAAAAAUACAGGAGGGAGAUUCUUUAAAUUUCCAUAUCAUGAUUGAAGUUGAAAUUAUGAGAUUAAAGUCGAAAUUUAAAAAAGUCGAUAUUUUCACUUCAUUCAUGUUGACUUCAAUCUCGAAAUUUCAACUUUAAUCUCAAAAUGUUGUUUUUUUUUAUCUCGAAAUUUUGACAUUAUUCACAACAUUUUAACAUGUAAUCUCGAAAUUUCGAGUUUAAUCUCAAAAUUUUAAAUUUCUUAAUCUCAAAAUUUCCACAUUAUUCAAGACAUUUCGACAUGUUGUAAUCUCAAAAUUUUGACUUUAAUCUCAAAAUUUCAAUUUUUUAAUCUCAAAAUUGACAAAUUGAAUUUAUUGACAUAAUUUUGAUUUUUUUUUAUCUUGAAAUUUUGACUUCAAUCUCAAAAUGUCGACUUUAAUCUCCUUCCUGUAAUUUUUUUUCUUUUUAUGUAGCCCUAAUCCUCUUUUGUAAUAAGUAGAGCCACUCACCUUGUGUCUGUUUGUCUCAGAAUGGCCCAGAGCUUCUUCCCCGUGUCAACAUGCUCCUGCUUCUGACAAGAAUCAUUUCCACAGCCACCCCAAGACUCCAGGUGAGAACGGUUCAGCUCUGCUUAUCCUUAAAUCCUCUGUUUUAUAUUUCUGUCGCUCUUUGUGUGUUUCUGGUUGUUUCUAUGUCAUCGUUUGUGAUUCUUAAUGUUUCUUUCAUUCACUCUCUCCUGUUGAUCCUUUAAGACUUGCACCUCAGAUAACUUAAACCGACCCUUGAAUGUUUCAGGUGUUGGCGGCUCAGUGCCUGACUACACUGUGUGCCAGCGCUGGAGGGGGAGAUGGCUGCACUGUGGCGGAGCAGCCGGAGAUCGAUGUCCUGCUUGACGCCCUGCUGUCACCCUGCUUCUCUGUCAGGGAUGCUGCCCUCAGGGUGAGCCGUGCAUUAGAGAUAUUUAAUGAAGAUAAAUCUUUCCAACUGUUUAGUUUCAGUUAUGACUUGAAGAAAAGAAUCACAGUCUCAGUAUCAGGAUGUAAGAAGUGCUGAACUGUUUCGUUUGGUGUGCUGUUAACACGUUAUCCCUCUGUUUUCAGGGAUUAUUGGAGAUGGAGUUCGCCCUGCCGACAGACAGCUCUGAGGCCAGUGGUCUGAGUUUGCUGCGCAGGCUUUGGGUCUCCAGAUUUGAUGUUGAGACAGAAGGCCGAGACUUGGCUGAGAAGUAUGUAUUACCUAGUCACUUUUCUUUGCUCCAAACUUAAUUAAAGUUAAUGACAUUUUCCUCUAUUUGUCUCCAUUUGUACAACCUUGCUCAUUUUCAUCAAACUGGACUUUUAUUUACAUAUAUAAACUCUGGGCUCGUCCCUCCUCCUCCUCAGACUCUGGGAGUCACUGGAUCUGGAGCUGGUACCUGAGAUCUGCUCCCUGCUGAUUGGAGAUGUCACCCACCAUGAGGAAGCGGUCCGUUCUGCAGUCGCUGAAGCUCUGUCCACUGCCGUUUCCCAGUACAGAGACCAGUCUGCCGCAGUCCUUGGCCAGCUUACUGAGCUCUACCACCAAAAACUCUAUGUAAGACUUUUCUCUACCAUCAAAUCAGGCUGCUACUCCUGAAAGUCUGACACUCUCUUACAAAUUGUACCUUUUGUUUUUAAAGAGACCUCCUCCUGUGCUUGAUGCUCUGGGCAGAGUCAUCUCUGAAGCGCCACCUGACCAGUGGGAGGCCAGGUAAAUCUCUGCGUUUUAACCCAAGUUGGAGCAAAAUUAGAUUUUCCGAUACUCAGAUUAAACAAUUCUUGGAUCUCAUCUCUGGACUUUUUUAGCUUCAUACAUGCUGACCUACAACUCCAUGCAAGCCACAAGAAUGUAGUGAUUGUAGUGAUUUUUAACAGAAAUAAGUUGUUUUAAAGAUAUGCGGUGUCAAGGGUGAGGGAGAUGAAUCUGUUGGUGGUUCAGCUUUGUGUAUAUUUCCGUUCACUUCCUCCUGUGUACUAACGGCUGAUGCCGCGCCCUCUCUGUUUUCAGGUGUGGAAUCGCUCUCUCUUUGAACAAGCUGUCUCAGUAUCUGGAUGAAUCUCAGGUCACCCCUCUCUUCCUCUUUUUCGUCCCCGACGCGCUGAACGACCGCCACCCUGAGGUGCGGCGCUGCAUGCUGGACGCCGCCCUCUCUGCUCUGAACACUCACGGGAAGGUACUUCUAACUGAAUCCCCAUCACUUUACAUUUCAGAGAAUUUCAGCAUAGCAUUUCCCCUGUCACUGGGCCAUUUCUGCCUCAUUGACACUAACUUGUUUACAUGUUUUAUUGAACAGGACAAUGUGAGCUCCCUCCUGCCAGUUUUCGAAGAGUUCCUGAAAAACGCCCCCCAGGAUGCCAGCUACGACUCUGUUCGUCAGAGUGUGGUCAUUCUCAUGGGCUCCUUGGCCAAACAUCUGGACAAGAAUGACCCCAAGGUCAAACCCAUCGUGGCGAAGCUCAUCACUGCGCUCUCUACACCUUCACAGCAGGUAAGCAACUUCAACUGUGUUUACACUGCAGCCUCAAAAGGGACUCAAAUCUGAUCUGUUGAUGGCCAUGUCAUGUGAAAGUCCUGCUUUUCCUGCAGCUGAACUUACUAUCAGUUAUCUCACCGUCUAAUCAGGUCCAGGAAUCGGUUGCCAGCUGUUUACCUCCGUUAGUCCCUGCUAUCAAAGAGGAUGCCGCAGGUAUUGUGAGAAACCUGCUGCAGCUGCUGCUGGAGAGUGACAAAUACGCAGAGAGGAAGGGAGCCGCGUACGGACUGGCAGGUCUGGUUAAAGGUCUCGGGAUCCUGGCGCUGAAGCAGCAGGACAUCAUGACCACACUGACCGAUGCGAUCCAGGACAAGAAGAACUUCAGGCGUAGAGAAGGUCGGUGGAGUUUUUCAGUGUUUUCACAGUAUUUGUCAGACCAUUUCAUCUAUCCACAUGAUCUACAGGCACCAAAGACUCCCACAAUACAAAUUUUUCACAACUCUCAUGAUCUGUUUUCCUCUUCCAGGAGCUCUGUUUGCAUUUGAGAUGCUCUGCAACAUGUUAGGAAAGCUCUUCGAACCAUAUGUGGUUCACGUGCUGCCACACCUGUUGCUCUGUUUUGGAGAUGGAAACCAGUACGUCAGAGAGGUAAGAGAGCAGUCCUGUGUGUCCUCUACUUUUAUAUCUCUCAUUAUUGCCCCGAAAAGCUUCGCAGGUGUUUAAAAAGGAGCAAGUUUGUCUUGCACAUCCCAAGUGUAGCAUAAAAACUCCAGCUUUAACAAUCAGGGACAAUCUUUUUUUAUUUCAUUCGUCCUCCAGGCUGCAGACGACUGUGCCAAAGCUGUGAUGAGGAACCUGAGUGCCCAUGGAGUGAAACUGGUGCUUCCCUCCCUGCUGGUGGCCCUGGAGGAGGAAUCCUGGAGAACCAAAGCAGGUGAGGAACAAACCCGUGCUCUGUUUGUCACAUAAUGAAGAACAGUGUAGCGACUGCUUUCCUUCUGCUGGGGUUUAGGUUUGCUUGCAUCUGUGACUUGUUCAAUUAUCAGUCCAGUUUGAGUGUUACAAAGUAAUUUAUUGUUCAAAAAAGGAAAGAAAACAUGCGGAUUCGGGUCCAAAACUUUUGCCUUCAAAUGAAAAAGUGAUAUAAUAAAAUGAGGUUAAAACAGGAUGAGUGAAACAAUUGAAAACAAUGAAAAACAGUCAACAUAAAAUGAUCAGAGCUUACCAAGAUCAUUGCCUGACUACACCGGUGAGAUUUAAAUCACCCGCCAAACAUCCCAACAUACCACCCCUCAGUGACGAUCCCUGGAAGUAACAUACCUAGUAGAAAUCAAACUCAACAAAUAUAUUUUGGCUCCUACAAACAGUUUGCAGGUUAUGGUUGAGUACAAACAGCUACAGCUAAUUGUUGUUGGUAAUCUAAUAUAACACACUGAUGCCACUUUGCCUUUUCUCUUCCCUUCAGGCUCAGUGGAGUUGCUCGGUGCGAUGGCUUUCUGUGCACCAAAGCAGCUGUCCUCUUGUCUGCCCAGCAUUGUGCCCAAACUGACUGAAGUGCUGACCGACUCCCAUGUGAAAGUACAGAAAGCCGGCCAGCAGGCUCUUAGACAGAUCGGCUCAGUAAUCCGCAACCCUGAAAUCCUGGGUGAGUGACUCUGACUACGUUCAGACUCGAGUCAAAAGCAGCUAAAGCAAGUUUUCGUUUUAUGACUCCGAUAUUUUCUGAUUUACAGCAAUCACCCCCAUCCUGCUGGACGCUCUCACCGACCCCUCCAGGAGGACUCAGACCUGUCUGCAGACCCUGCUGGACACAAAGUUUGUCCAUUUCAUCGAUGCCCCCUCUCUGGCUUUAAUCAUGCCCAUCGUGCAGAGAGCCUUCCAGGAUCGCUCCACCGACACUCGCAAGAUGGCCGCUCAGAUCAUCGGCAACAUGUACUCCCUCACUGACCAAAAGGUACAGACUGAUAAUUUAACUGAAUAAGCUCAAAUCAGAGUCUUACAUCUGCUGUUUUUUCCAACCACAGCUCUGUGAAGAUGCAUUUUUUAUUUGUGGCGUAUGUUUUGUUUUUUACAGGAUCUAUCACCUUACCUGCCGAGUGUUAUUCCAGGCCUGAAGGCGUCUCUGUUGGACCCGGUGCCUGAGGUCUGUAAAGUUACUGUAAAGUUACUUAGUACUGAACUCUGUAGAGUUCAGUACUAAGUUCAGUAUUAGUUUGUUUGUCUCUGAGUUUUUAUCUGAAACUUUUCUUCCUCUCGUCUUCUUCAGGUACGCACAGUUUCAGCCAAAGCCCUGGGUGCCAUGGUGAAGGGGAUGGGUGAAUCCUGCUUCGAUGACCUGUUGCCCUGGCUCAUGGAGACACUGGCCUCUGAACAGAGCUCUGUCGAUCGCUCUGGAGCUGCACAAGGUUGGUUUCUUUAUGCUCUGUCCUUGUGUGAGUAAAAAAUGACUCUUAAUCAUAACCGAAGGAUCACUGAAUGAAUUAUGCGUCUGUGUCUCCAGGUCUGGCCGAGGUGAUGGCUGGACUAGGAGUGGAGAAGCUGGAUAAGCUGAUGCCAGAUGUUGUGCAAACGGCCAGCAAGGUGGACAUCGCUUCCCAUGUCAGGGACGGAUACAUCAUGAUGUUCAUCUACCUGCCCCUCACCUUUGGAGACAAAUUUACUCCUUAUGUCGGACCCAUCAUUCCCUGCAUCCUCAAGGUAUAACAACAACAGACCUUUUCUGGUGUGGUUGGAUGCGACAAAUCCGUCACUGUUGUGUGAGACUUUUAAAUGUCAUGUCAGUCAGGGACACUUGCUGAGUAGCUUUGCAUGAUUUCCAAAUUUUAAAAAACCUUCUUAUUUAUCUCCUUCAGAAGUCUGUGAAAAUACUUAGUUCAACGUCGUUUUAGCUGCUUUCUCAGAACCAUAAAGUUGGACACUGCUUGUUACUUUUCACACAGCGCGGAAGUCAUGAAACGACUGAAAAGUUUUGCUUUUAUAGAAAUCGUCUGGGGUGAGCUUUUACCGCCCACGCCAGCUCUCUUUUAUACCUACCCAUAGCUUGUGGUUCUGAGCCGUCGUGGAAGGUCUUGAAAGAUCUUCAAGGUUUCAGUAUCAGGAUUUAGUUUUAAGCGGAAAACAAACAGGAUCCGUAUUGAGUGCGCUCCGUAUUUGCAUGGGGUAUCACAUACAGGAUGUGUAUUUGGAGCAACAUGCUCACAACAGGUUGUUUUGCCUUUCUGUGGUCGAUUUCCUGCUAAUUUGGAUAUAAUUCAGUGACUGUUGAUUUUCUAUUAUAUGUGAAAAAGCAACGUGAUUUUACAGUUUGGGUUUUUGCAGAGCAGCAAAAAUAGGCUCUUCUGAUAUGGAGCUAAUAUGUGUACUGUAAGUGAUACUUCAUUUGUUAGAAUAGCAACCUAUUUGAUUCACGAUGCUGACAUUAUGCGCUCAAUACGGAUCCUGUAUGUUUUAGCCUUUAGAGUUGAGACUCAUGUCUAGUUUAUACUUGCCCAUGUUUACAAAGCAGUCACCACGAGAAGCCGAGAAACGUCUGGGGAUUACACCAAAUCAGCACAACAGAUUUAACAGAUUUCGAGGAAACAGCUUUGUUCCCAUGCAAAGUUUCAGCCCAGGUUCUGAAAUCUCUGUGAGGGUUUUUUUCACACGAGUCUCUGCUCACUCCUGUGUUUCUGUGCGUCUCAACAGGCUCUGGCUGAUGAGAACGAAUAUGUGAGAGACACCGCACUCCGCGCAGGCCAGCGAAUCAUCAGUAUGUACGCGGAGACCGCCAUCGCUCUGCUGCUUCCUGAGCUGGAACAGGGCCUGUUUGAUGACUUGUGGAGAAUCAGGUCAGAAAGAAACGGACAAGAAAAAAUCAGUAACUCAAUAAACUGUCACUUUUAUACUGACCAGAUGUCCGUCCUUGUUUUUGUUGGUCUGCAGGUUCAGCUCUGUGCAGCUGCUCGGAGAUUUAUUGUUCCACAUCUCCGGAGUGACAGGAAAGAUGACCACAGAGACCGCUUCUGAGGAUGACAAUUUUGGAACUGCUCAGUCCAAUAAGGCAUGAGUACAUCUUAUUUUGGCUGUUAUGACCCCCAAAGGUUUAUAUGAGCAUUGUUGUGUCCGGCUGCUGACCUUUGAAUGUUUCUCGAUCUCAGGCUAUCAUCGGGGCUCUUGGUGCUGAACGGCGUAAUCGCGUCCUCUCGGGUCUCUACAUGGGCCGCUCAGACACUCAGCUGGUGGUUCGACAGGCGUCCCUCCACGUGUGGAAGAUUGUCGUGUCAAACACCCCCAGGACUCUACGAGAGAUCCUCCCGACCCUUUUCACCCUCCUGCUCGGCUUCUUGGCUUCCACAUGUCCAGACAAGAGAACGGUAAUACUCAUUCAUAAACUGACCCUGUGUUUGUUUGUCUGUCUGUCUCCGUGUCAGUGCCUCUCUAAAACUUUCUUUUGCCGGUUUAGAUCGCUGCUCGGACUCUGGGGGAUCUGGUCCGGAAGCUCGGAGAGAAGAUUCUCCCUGAGAUUAUACCCAUCCUUGAGGAGGGACUGCGCUCCGACAAAAGUGACGAGAGGCAGGGAGUCUGCAUCGGCCUCAGCGAGAUCAUGAAGUCCACCAGCAAAGACGCAGUGAGUGGACAAGUGUGGUAACUCUGGAUAAGGUGGCACAGAAUGAUUGUUUCUGUGAGAUACGCAGGCAUGAACAGUUUGACCCUCUUAUUGGGGCAAAGAUAGGCUAAUGCAGCAUCUAUGUGUGAUCUAUGAGGGGUAGAAAUGAUGAAGGAAUGAAAUCUGACACUCAGCAGUUUUAAUAAAUGAUAAUAUAGACACGGACCAACAGGAGGUCAUGAUAUUUUGAGGGAUAUAACGUACUGGGUAGGUGCUCCUGCAGCCUACUGGGAAACUAGGAUUUUCUGCGGCUCAACAGUGCCCUCUGCUGGAGCAAAAUAUGAUUGUUUUAUCUGUGCAAAUGUCAAGUCAACUUUUCAGGUCAGAAAAUCCAAAUUCCUAGAGUCACACUCCUGGAUAGUUGCACAUACUUUUAUGCCAUUUGCAUUUUCAGGCAGAUGUUUUCGAUCUUGAACCUGCAGGUUUGUUUUAAAGAGAGAAAGAAAGAGUGUCUCAAGAGCUUCUGAUGGAGAAAAGAGAAUAACCAAACCAUCUUGACCAAACCAUGAAUGACAGUGAGACUGAGGAAUCUUAAGGAUGAUGCUAAAAUUGCCAGAAAUGAAUGUGAUCAAAAACAGUUUCACUAUUUUAAUUAGUCUGAAUAUAAACCACCUUUUUGUUUGGAAUCAAGAUUUGGAAAAAAACGACAUUACAUUUGAAGAGUAAUAAAAGGAGAGAAAUGUAAAAAUGCCCACAUGAUAUUAAGAUGAACUGUUCCCUUUUGUUUGAUGUUCGCUGUGAAAAUCUUAAAUGUGUCAGUAACCUGAUGGUGUCGUCCUGUAGGUUCUCGUCUUCUCAGAGUCGCUGGUCCCCACAGUGAGGAAGGCCCUCUGCGACCCCCUGGAGGAGGUCAGGGAGGCCGCGGCCAAAACCUUUGAGCAGCUUCACGCAACCAUCGGUCACCAAGCUCUGGACGACAUCCUGCCUACGCUGCUGAAACAGCUGGUGAGCGAAUAAAGACGCAGCAGCUCUGACUUCAUUCCAAAGAUUCUGAUCGGGACUUGAACAAUGAACACUCACUGUUGUUUUUCAGGAUGACGAGGACACUGCUGAGUUCGCUUUGGACGGCCUCAAACAAGUCAUGGCUGUGAAAAGUCGCUCUGUGCUGCCUUAUUUGGUGCCAAAGGUAAAAAUUCACCAUCCAGAUGAAAAUGUUUCAGUUUGAAUCUCAUCCUGAUGUACCUGACCUGAGUGGUUGUCCUCUUUGGUCACACCAGCUGACUGCUCCUCCUGUGAACACCCGUGUGCUGGCGUUCUUGUCGGCUGUGGCUGGUGAUGCUCUGACUCGCCAUCUUGGAGUAAUCUUGCCCGCCAUACUUUCCUCCCUCAAAGGAAAGCUGGGAACUGAAGAUGAAGCACAGGUAACACCUGCGUGUCUCCUCCUCCUCCUCCUCCUCUUUUUCUUUCCUCUAUUUUAAAAAGUAGUGACCCUCACAUCUUCGUUACAGGAGUUGUGCAGCUGCCAAACAGUCAUUCUUUCAGUGGAGGAUGAAGUCGGUCAGCGGAUUAUCAUAGACGACCUCCUUGAGGCCACACGGGGCUCCGACCCCGGCCUUAGACAGGCGUCUGUCACCAUCCUCAACGCCUACUUCGCCCGCACACGCCUCGACUACAGCGCCCAUACACGCAACCUGCUGUCCGGACUCAUCCGCCUUCUCAAUGACUCCAACCCAGAGGUCCUGUCCCAGAGCUGGGACACCAUCAACUCUAUAACCAAGGUGUGUUGAUGACAUGUGAAUAAAAGCCGAUCAGCUGACUGCUGUAGUUAUUUUUAAUCAAGUGGAAAUGUCUCCUGAUUGUAUUUGUUUGUUAAAACAGAAACUGGAUGCAAGCAGCCAGCUGGCUCUGAUCGAUGACCUGCACAGAGAUAUUAGAUCAGCAGCUGCAGAUGUGAAAGGCCCGCACUUACCGGGUUUCUGUCUGCCCAAGAAGGUAAGGAGGCUCUUUUUGACUCGUUCAGACAGCUGUUACACAGAUAAGUCCAUUCUCGUCUUCUGUCAUGGCUUUCUCUGUAGGAAAAUGACUGAGUCUGGGCCGUCAUGUAGUUCCUUACCCAUUUGUCAUUUGAGAAACUCUUUGGUGUUUGGCAUAUCUUCUACCAAAGUUGAUAUUUGACAGGAUGUUUCACAGGAAUAGUUCACAGUGAAAAGGCAAAGAACAGGCUGACAAACCGUUUAGUUUGUUGAUUUUGAUCCAAAAUUUGAACACAUCAGUGAAGUAUUUAGACAAACACAUAACACAUGAAUCUCAGGUUGUACAGCUCAUCCAAACCACUUUAAAGAUGGUCAAAAUCUAAGAGUUCUUAAUUUGGUGUUUGAUCUGUACACAUUUUAGGAAUUUGACUCCAGGGACUUCAGUGAUAGUCUUUUCCUGUCCUGGUGCUUCACUGUUCAUCUUUGAGGCAGACCCAAACCGCUCAUUCAUAGAAAUGCAGAGACUGGAUGAUGGUAGUGGAAAAUAAAAACACAAUAAUAUCAGUGUGAAGUACUGUGGCGCCCAUCUGUGGCAUCAUAUUGGUAGUUUUAUUGUAUUUUUAUGAUGUUUGCCUAAAAAAGAUUCUCUGCUUCUCAAUGAUCACAUUAUAAUUUUAAUAGUUUUGUGGUUUAGGGGCUGAAAGUGUGAGAAAAAGAAAUGCUCUCACAGUUUCCGACAGUGUUAAAGCUUUGGCUGUCGGAGGAGUAACUGUUGUGUGUUUUGUCUCUGUGUUUCUUUCCACAGGGUGUGACCUGUAUCCUGCCUGUGCUGAGGGAAGGUGUCCUCACAGGUAGUCCAGAGCAGAAAGAAGAGGCGGCGAAAGCUUUAGGAGGGGUGAUCAAACUGACCUCCCCUGAGGCGCUGCGACCCUCUGUGGUUAACAUCACCGGACCGCUCAUUCGUAUUCUGGGAGACAGAUUUGCCUGGACAGUAAAGACAGCUCUGCUGGAGACUCUCACUCUGCUGCUGGCUAAGGUCUUUAUCUGCAGAAAGAUAGUGAGAUAGGUAGUUCGCCACGAAUGAUCAAAAUAACCCUCUAACCUCUGGACUGCGCUCCUCCCUCAGGUGGGCAUCGCCUUGAAGCCUUUCCUGCCUCAGCUGCAGACCACCUUCCUGAAGGCUCUGCAGGAUUCGAGCCGUGCUGUGAGGCUGAGGGCUGCCGAGGCUCUUGGUCAGCUGGUUUCCAUUCACACCAAAGUGGACCCACUCUUUACUGAGCAGCUUUCUGCCAUCCGCAAUGCUGAGGACUCAGGAGUCAGGUGAACGCUCGUACAGCAUUUAAUUACAAAAUCUUCAGUGUGAAGAGAAUUCAGUGAAGAUUUCUGAUCAUUCCUGACAUUUGAUUCGGCCUCCAUUAACAUUUUCAGUAGGGGUGUCCCGAUACGAUAUUGAUAUCGGAUAUCGGUCCGAUAUCAGCAAAAAAAUGAAUAUCGGAUUAUAUCAGCCUGUAUCUAAUAUCUCUGAUAUCAGCACUCCGAUACAAGCAGUCCAUUCCAGAGAGUCCAUCCCACAAAAUCACAACAACAAUGUGUACUAAGGAACUAACAAAGUAGCAAGGAGUAAGAGUGAUGUCGUCUGUGUGGAAGUAUUUUUAAUUUGAGUCAGAAAAAGACGUUGCAGCUGAGUGAAAAACUUGUUUAGCACAAUUUUGUGCCAAUAUUGGAUCAAUAUCAGUAUUGGUCAAUAUUAAAGGCUACAAUAUUGGUAUCAGUCAGUAUUGAGGCUACAAUAUUGGUAUCGUAUCAGAAGUCAAAAAGUUGUAUCGCAGACACCCCUUGUUUAAAGAGAAUUCAAUGAUGAUUUCUUAUCAUUCCUGACAUUUGAUUUGGCCUCCAUUAACAUUUUCAGUCAGUUAAUCUUUAUUUAUGUGCUGCCAGAUUAAAAACAAACAUCAUCUGAAGACACUUAACAAAAAACAACAGUUAUAGACCGUACUCUUUGUUUUUUUAUUUACCGAUAGAUGAGUCUCAGCUGAAAGAAUAAGACUUAGUCUUGUUUCAAUCCACCAGGUGCAGAGAAAUUUGCAUCAUUUAGCGAGUUACAGCGGCAAAAAAUAACUUCCCUUUAACAGACAGACUUGUUUGCAGGAGCUGUAAGUUAAUAAUAAUAAAUUUAUUACAGUCAAAGUCAAUGGGACUCUAUUGUAGUAUUUAUAGUGAUGAUGGUAAUAAAAGAGGAAGAGAAAAUCUCAAUUAUAGCUGCUGGAGCUCAGCCAGAGUCAUUAUUCUCCAGCGUUCUCAAAGCAUCUUACUCCAUUUCUCUGCUCAUUUUCUGUUUUUUGUUUGGAUUCCCCACAGAGAGACUAUGCUCCAAGCCUUACGGUUUGUCAUCCAGGGGGCCGGGUCAAAGGUGGAUCCAGCCAUCCGCAAGAACAUCACCACCACAUUACUGGGCAUGCUGGGACAUGAUGAGGUAUGACAGGAGGAGCAGAUGCCUCGCAGCAGCAACUUCAGCUUUGAAGACGUGUUUUUAAUCUGUUGCAGCACGCCUGUUUUUUUUUCACCUAGGGCUCUAAUAUCUGUUGAAUGCAAUAAUUAAUGAGCAGAACAUAAAUGCAGAAAUGAUCUUAACCGGAGGGAGGAUUUUACAAAGUGGUUCAGUGACACAGUUUCCUUUGUGAUCACAGCAGAAAAGCGGAAGUCAUGUAGAGAGGAUGUGGUUUUAUAAAAAGGGUUUCGAACCUUUAUGUCAGUAUGAGACUGUUUGACUGUCUGCUUUUCUCUGUCUGGCUGACUGACUGUAUGCGUUCAUGUAGGAUGCUACUCGUAUGGCGUCAGCUGGCUGUAUUGGUGAGCUGUGUGCAUUCCUGUCAGAGGAGGAGCUGAAGACUUUGUUACCUCAGCACAUCCUGGGUUGGUAUUUUUCUAAAUGAAGCUAUCGCCUCAUCAUUUAAUUCAUGUGUUUAAUUUGUUUUUAAAUGUAAUAAAGAGGUUUUAAUUUUGGUUAAUUAUAACAGUUCAGAUCUGUAUUUUUUGUGCCCUUCAGCGGACGUGUCUGGCGUUGACUGGAUGGUGCGUCACGGCCGGAGCUUGGCCCUGGCCAUAGCUGUCAAAUCAGCUCCGGAGAAACUGUGUGGGAAGGAAUACUGCGACACUGUGACAGAGACAAUUUUGGCCAACGCCACCGCCGACAGGGUGAGGAGGACGUCUGAGUGUCAAAGAAAACAAUAUACCUCACACCUGUGAUGAAAUGAUAGACCUGGCUAUAAUGAAGUCACUUGUCCUGAUGUAGUUUGAAGGUUUCAUGGAGGUUUGAUGGAUCUCUGGGUUUAGCUUUAAAUCUCACUUCCAUCACUGAAACUGUAUAUUUGUUGCUUUUGCUUUUAUACAUGACAGAUUGAAUUGUGUUUCUUCUGUCCUGAUAGAUUCCCAUAGCAACCAGCGGGAUCAGAGGGAUGGGAUACCUGAUGAAGCAUCAUCUCAAAACUGAGGGAGGCAGCAGUGUUUCCCAGCGGAUCAUCACACAGUUUACCAAGGUACAAGAGAUGGUGCAGUUUUUAAUCCAACUAAUGAGGGUCGUCUAUUUUACUGGAUGUCUCUUCAUUUUCCUAAGAGUGCCCAAAAGUCCUUCACUAAGUUAGCAAAUUCAGAGUAUUCUCCAUCAUCAUAAAAAAGGGACUUAGAUUGUGCCAAACAUUUUACCCUGAGUUUUGGACGGGCUUAAGUUCCUGUUUUCAUGUGAGUCCUCUUUGUGAUUACACAGUGUCUUCAGAACCAGUCCAGUGACAUCAGACUGGUAUCAGAGCGGGUGCUGUGGUGGGUUUUCAAAGACCCAGCUACACCCUCCAUGGAGGCGAAUCUCAUUAAGCCUCUGCUGAAGAGUCUGCUGGACAACACCAAGGACAAGAACACCAGCGUCAGAGCUCAGAGUGAGCACACCAUCGUCAACCUGCUGCGACUCCGCCAAGGAGAAGAAACUAUGCAGGUCAGAUGCGCGCUUUUUUACACCGUAAAAUCACAUAUAUCACUUUAAAAAAAAGAAAAACUCUUGUUAAAUUUUUGCUCUUUCCACAACAGAGUAUUGCUGCCAUUCUGGAUUCUGCAAGCAACGACUUGCUCUCAGAGUGUCAUCGACGUUCCCUGAAGAAAAUCGCCAGCCAGCCAGACUCCAAUGAAGAGAUAGACGACACCAUCCUAACAUGAUGGAGCAAGACUGAGAAAUGAAAUGAUCCCCCCACUGUACCUGCGACCCCAACACACUCAUCACACAUGCCUGUGUUGCCUUUAAUAGACCAUGACUGCAAUGGAUUUUUUCAACCCCCAAAAAUUACCUUUUUCUUCUUUUUCACUUUAAUUAUUUUAGCAGUCUUUAAGCCCAAAUGUAUUUGUUUUUCUGAUUUGAUCCCGUUAUGACCAGAUUGUACUCGUGUACUAAACACACACACACACACAAAAGGCCAAUAAUGUUUUGCUAUUCAAUCUUAUCAAGCAAUUUCAAACAUUUUAAAUGCUGCUGAAAAGAAACAACACUCUUAUCUUUAAUCUUCCUUUUGACUUUUGUGUUAAACUUCUUUUUUUUGAGGGGGUGCCACCUCUUACAAGAUAUCCUUCUUUUUAUUUCAUUGAUACGGUUGUAAUAAGGCAAUACAGAAUAAAAAAAUCUUGAUUUCAUGUCGGAGUAUAAGAAACAGAAUAGCUGAUGGGGUUGGGAGCAGGACCGUGACCCCUUUAAUCUCACUAUAUAGGGAAUCCAAAGGGUUUCUCUGUGGUUUACCUACUAGGAUUUAUGGAGUACCACACAUAUGAUCUUGGUUGUUCCUCAUGUUCAGGGCUCAUUACUUGGUAUGACACUGAAGAAAAAGAUCAAAUUUGACAUGAAUCCAGUUUGUUUUAUAAGGGGGUGGGGCGGAUGUAUUCCUUUUCACUUCAAUCAGUGUGUUUGUAGUGUGAAUCAUGUUGAUAAGAAUAGUUUAAAAUAAAUACAAAGAGACCAGUUUAACCUCCUUGAAAGUUCCUCUGAAAAGAUUUAAGCUGAUUUUGGAUUAAAACCAAAAAUCUAGUUUAAUUUUACAAAGAUUUAAAACACAGAAAUGAUCAAAUUCUGAAAGGUAGGUUCAUUUAUUCUCCAAACUUGGUUGGGGCUUCUUCACAACAAAUGACUGCAUCAGUGAGGUGGUGCUCUGCUCAGGUGCUAUUAAAGCCCAGGGUGCUUUUACACCGUGGCCUGCAGCUGGUCUGUGUUCUUUGGUUAUCCCCAUUUCAAUGGAAAUAUCAUGGAGAGAAAACUACAUGGUGGUAGUUUUGAAACUCUUAGCAGGUGGUAAGUCUUUCUAUAAAAGAAAAAAAGCUCCUCUGAAGAU